AUGCAUAUGUUUCUUCCCUGUUUAGCAUUGCCUUUGCUUUUCCAAACAUCUACUCCUGCGGUGAUACAGGUUGAUGCGAAUGACAUUGGAACGGGGCAGUAUGGUAAGAUAUUGAAGGUUUAUCUACCUCAAAGCUUGUCACGAUUUUGUUCGUUUUGGGCAAGCAAUAUCGUGCAUUUCACUUCAUUCUGCAAACAAGGGAAGUACCCCAAGGGCGACGCUCAGACUUUCUUUAAAAAAUUGUUUUUUCUUUAAAAAGUAUUCUAAAUUUAUGCCAGUUUCGUCAAAAUCUAUGCGUCGCACUUGGGGUACUUCCCCUGUAAGCUUUAAUUUGCGAAAAUUUAAUUUUUUCAGCUCUACUAAACCUCGGAACGAAUAAGGAAGUCGUAGUAUUCGAUAUCACACUAAAUUCCGCAAAUAUUUUCUUGCAAGACGUUGAUUGCAACAAUACGUAUGGAGUCUGUCAAAAUUUUUGUAAUCAACGUAUGGCUUCUUCCCUUUUUUAUUUUCUAUGUAAAUAUUUAUACUCGCAAAAAUGUACUUGGUGGGGUAUAUCUUGAAACACCGUGUAUACUGCCGCUAUAAAGUUGACAUAAACUCCAUUUUCCAGCAGAGUUUUGUAAUAUCUAUUGCAAUCCGAUAUGCUGCAUAAGCGAAGAGCAACGAACGAAAUUCUGCCUAAACGUCAACCAAUUUAAUGAGUCCUACAAACACAACUCGACCGAGUUCCGGGUAACUGGCCAAUACUUCAGAACCGAGGCUGGAGCUGGGGUUUGGGCUGAGGAUAUACUUUGGCUUCACAGCACGCAAGGCACAAUGAAUGUCGGUAGGGUACCGAUUGCCCUUCAUGUCGUACCAAAGGAAUUUUCUAGACGGACCAUCAAGUAAGUAUUUGCUGAGUCAACAAAAAAUACAUUAGAGAUGGGCUAUCCGCAAAAAUUCUACUCUGACCGAUCAUUUUUAGUGCGCUGUUUGGACUGGGAAGAGAGCCACAAAAGAACGGCAUUGUCCAUCUUCUCCAGCGACGCAACUACAUUGAUAAUGCGAUUGUCACAGUUGCUUACCGUCGCGGCUACAAUUUAUAUAUCCUAGGAGAGUUCAGUGAGAGAUACUGCAGCAGGGACAGACAAACGGUCAACGUUGUUGGAGAUCGUCUUUGGAUGUUUGAUGCAAGGCAAGCAGCGUUUCUGAACUACAAGUCAGAAGAACACAAUUUUAAAAUUCUUCUGGAAAGCGACAGAAUGAUCCAGAUGCCUCGAGAGAUUCUACGUUUGCUUCAAGAAACAGGAAUAAUCACCCCAGAUUAUCCAAAAGACAGUGUCCUUUCGAAUUACUUCAUAAUCAACCCAGAGCAUCUGAAUGACACAUUUGAAUUCUUUUUCAAGCUCAACAAGGAUCUGACUUUAUUCUCCGAUUUAGCAUCUAUCGAUAUCUCCAGGUACUAUUAUCCGGACGUUGAUACAGUACUAUUUGAAGCCUCUGCUCUCGACCCAAACCCGGACAGAGUGGAAUGGGUUAUUGGCAGAUUUGUUUUAUUGAAAUACUGCGCCUUUCUGGACUACAACCAAAAUACAAUUGCUUUUUCUUCGGUGAUACCUCCAACUCUAUGA